AUGCAUUCCCCAUCAUCCCAGCUACUGCGUGCUUUACGCACCUCACUAUCCAACAGCCCAGCCUCUAUCAAUCUGCGUUCGAGUUCUUCCCGAUUCCCAUAUGCCAUCUCACAAUGCGCCGUCUCUCUGCCAUCUACACGGCGUAACCAAAGCUCUACAAUUCGACCAGAGCGCAUGGUUUCUCGCUCCCAGCCACACAAGCCCGCCAGUCAUGACCGCGGUCCGCAAUCUGGUGAAAACACGCAGACAGACUUUGCCUCGUUGGAUGUGUUUAGCAAUAUUCCGGCACCUUCAACUUCCAUCGACGCUACACUAGACUCGGGCUUCCACCUAAACAGUGGCGUCAGGAUCAAAAAUGGUGACGGCCUGCUGCUUGUAGGCGGCGAGGCAUUUGCGUGGCGGCCAUGGAAAACUGUCAAGGGUGCGGAUAAUGACGACGCAGCCAAAGCAGGCAUGAUCAAUGCGAAGGGUCAGUUCGAGCUAGGUGAAGAGGCAUGGGGACUUCUAAGCUUAGUGUGGCCUCGGCCAGAUCUGCUCAUUAUUGGGCUUGGUAACUUCAUGUCUCCGCUUUCGCCUGAGACGAAGCGCCAUAUCAACUCUCUAGGUAUCCGGGUGGAGAUUCAGGAUACCCGGAAUGCUGCGGCGCAGUUCAAUCUUCUUGCUACGGAGCGCGGCGUUAAUGACAUUGCGGCCGCUAUGAUUCCUAUCGGAUGGAAGGGAAAAUCGUAA